AUGCAGAGCUAUCGGCCCGUGAACGCCCUCUCCAUGUGCGCAGCUGUGCUGGUUCUCAGUGGGGGAGAAACGCAUGCGUUUAUGGUGGGGCGAAGAAAUAACUACGAACUCAGCCCUCCCGUGGACGUGCGGAGCAAAGAAGGAUCAGCUUCCCCGGACUCUCCUUUUUUGCUGUACGAUGCGGACGAGCGACAGCUGCAGCUGCAGCCACCACUGUUGUCCUUUGAUGGCCAGGAAACAUCCUUUGUGCAAUCGUCUGGAGACGACGACAGUGACGAUGACAGCGACGAUGACGAGGAAAAGCAAGGCGAUAAAGAAAAGAGCAGAGGCGAUAAGAAGAAAGGGGGGCAUGAAAGCAAUGAAGCCCACGGCCACCACGGAGAUCACGAGCAUGCAGGCAAGAGCAAAACCGAGAAGCAGGAAGAGGAAAAGGCUGGCCAUAAAGAAGAAGCAGCUGAGCACAAAAGGGAGUCAACGGCUCCCAUGAGCCCCAAGGAAGAGAGACACGACGAUGAAGAGGAAAAGAAAAGGAAGGAAGAGGCUACAAAGCCUGAAAAUCUCUUAACCAGCCCCCAAGAGCAGUCGAAAUUCAUAAUGUCAUCUAUGAAGAAAGCCACUGAUGAAAGCCACAGCGCAGUGGAGAAACUCGUGGCAGUGAUGGACCACUUGCAUGGGGUCGUUGCUCUGCUAAACCAAAUAAUUCAACUGCCCCCCCCCAGCCCGUCCUUUUCAGAAACAGUGAUGCUGGAGUCAGCAGGCAAGAAGAUAUCCCUUAAGGCGCUUUUGGACGAAGCAGGAAAUGUGCGCAACAGCGUAGAUGCCCUCUUCACGAUGCUGCUGUCCGCCAAACACUCCAUCAUUGGGUCAAUCAAUAGCGCUAUUCCUGCCAGGCCGCCUGCAGCCACCACCACUGCACCACCCCCCAAAUAG